UGCUCAAAAUCCUUUACAGACAAGGACAACCUCUUUGUCCCAUCGGAUAUCCACUUCGAGAUUGUAUAUCUCCGUCCGGACAAGCCAGCUGUGGUGCCAUGUCGUGUGACCACUCCGCAGGCCAAAGUGUCGUUACACAGAGAAGUACCGCCUGAGGAGAUCCAGGCCAAUGAAACCUUGGUCAACUAUGAUCCCGCCAAGGGUUUUGUCCUACAGACACCCGGCCUCGAGUAUCAGGGAGUUUUCUACUGCAAGGCCGUGACCAAAGGAACACCGCAGAUCUCCACAAAAUAUCAGUUGCUCUAUGUAGAAGUCCCCAGUAGUCCACCUUUUGUGAGCCUGCAGGCUUCUUCUGAGCUGGUCAGUGGAGGCGACAACGUCAACGUGACUUGCAGCGUGAUAGGGGAGCCGGACAUCGACGUAAGCUUCACCUGGUCUUAUCCUGGAGAGGUGAGAGGAACACCUUGUUUGAAACAACAAAUGUAACAGCCAGUUGACUUU